AUUUGGUGGUAUUAUAACUAGUACUCGCUACGGCGUUUUGUUACUGUUCGUGAGUGGUACUCGUGUUAUUACUAGCCUUGCAUGAUGAUUCUUUUCACUGGAUGGGAUCUCGUUCCAUACUCCAACCUUUUAGAAGUCCAGAAAGAGGUGUUCGAAUACUUUGCAGACUUGAGAUGUAUUGCAAAACCAUCGAAUCCGCAUUGUAAAUCUAAUGAUGUGCCUGAUAUUGAUCUCAUAUGUACAUGUUUUAUCAAACCAAAAUAUGGUAUCGCAGCCACUGAUGUUAAACUUUUUAAAGAGCUUCUAUUAAAAAUAAGUUCAGUAGAUGUAGAUAAAUCUGGUCACUCAAAGAAAAGAGAAAUGAAUAGACUUCAAAAAUUGCAUUCACUUAUUUUGCAGGCUCAGAUUUCGGUUCAAAGACAGUUAGAGUUAGCCAAUCCUUGUUCACACAAUGGUUUAACAUUGACAAAUGAAAAACAACUGAUGGAAUUACAAGCAGAAGAACAAACUCUUCAUAUAAAUACACUACCUAGCUUCUACAAAUUUAGGGGCACUACUAAAAGUGUUACAAACUUCAGCACAAUAACAUUUACGUGUAUUGAUUUUCUUCAACGAGAUUCUUUUAUUUAUAAGGUACCUUCAAUUGAAAUGCUCUCUGUGAAUAAACAAAUUGAUACGGCUUAUUAUUUUGAAAAGAUGCUUCCAUUUCCUACUUCCGUGUACAAACAAAUUCAUCAUUCAGUUGAAUAUGUGGUAUUGUUAACUGAGAAUGUAUUGAAUUUUUUAUUUCUUUUGAAAGCACUGGUUGGUGUUUAUGUACCAUUUGAUGUGACUGUUGAAAAUUCAGAUACAUCUUUCAGUCGAAAGACUAUCCAGUUUGGAAAUAUCAUAUUAACAAGUCCAUUUUCUCCAAGAGUUCGCGCUCGUUUGUUUUAUGAAUCUUUGGUAAAACAACUGUGUUUUGAACACAUCUCGGGUGAUCAAGUACAUAAUAUUGAGCAAUCAAAGUGUGCUCUCACUAUAAAUACAGUUGUAGAAAAGAUUAAUAUAUCUAGUCCACGUACACUUCGAUCAUCCACUAAAGCUCAGGAAUAUGAUUUAUCCGUCAAUAAAUUGGAUCCAACAGAGGUGUUAAGUGAUACUGAUGAUGAAUUGAGGAUUGAUUUAGAUGAACAGAAUAGUGAUGAUCAUAGUUCUAAAAAGUUUAGUUCAUCGAUUUGCGAUCCUGGAAACGUAGCUAGUUUUUGUACAGUUGUUGAAAGAUCCACUAAUAAACAACAAGAAAAUACAAAUAGCCUUUCUGUCAUCGACUUUUCCAGUACACCAGCUUCACCAACUGAUGAGACACCUAAAAGUCCGUGUUUUAAUCAAAUCAUAGAAUCAAAGUCCAUUAUUCAUUCUCCUAGUCCACAAAUAAUUCCUCUUGAGCCUGUCAAAAUUACUUGUGAAUUAUCUCAAGAUUUAUCACCAUCGGAAACAAUUAGUCCUUCAAAACGAGUAACGUCCAACUCUUCUACAUCAAACAAAAUAAAUAAAACAGAAGUUAAUCAGGAAUCAAACCAAAACUCAGUUAAGGCGUAUUCAUAUUCCUCUUUAAAAUUAGGAAAUAAAAAUUUGUUAGUUCAAUUCUUCGAUACAAUAUGGUCGAAUAAUGAAAGUUGUCAAGCUUGCAAAACGUCACCUUCUGAUGGGCAAUGUCCACUUUGGCCUUCAUGUAACACGCGGAAUCGGACAAACAGCAUGGUGGAUGAUGAGUCUAAAAAAAGUAAUGUGAAGCCUAUUUGUGUUCAAAUCAAACCGGAGUAUUUAGGUGAUUGGGGCUGUGAAAUGCUUGAAAAUCAAGAAUUAGAACUUUCUUGGUUGGGUUCAUUUAUAAGAAAUAACUCAGAUAUUUUAAGAAUUCGUUUGUAUCCAAACUCUGGGAAAAUUAUCUUGAUAGAAUAUCAAUCUAUGGAAGAAAUGUUAAAGACAUAUCCUCAUUUUAAACCACAAGAUAAUGUAAACAGAUUAUCUGGAUUACUGGAUCAACUUUUCAAGUAGGUGAACUACUUUGAUUAUUGCUUUUUGAUUGUCCUACUUUUUUUAUUAUUUGAAGUGUAUUUAUGAUGUUCAAGUGUAUGAUAUACCUUUUCUGUUCAUUCAACUGUUUAGGUUGUGGAUUAUAUAUAUAGGCUUUUCACGUAUUUUCUAUUACCGUGGUUGUGUUUCUUUUUCUCCUGACUGUAAGUUCACAAGGUUUUAAAUUAUCGCAUAUAUUUAGUUAGCUUACAUCGACUGAAAUGCUUGUUCAAUGGAUUUAUGGUUCACUCAAAAUUCGACUAGUCAAAAAGUAAGGCUUUGAGAUGUUUAUUUACUUUCUCAGUGGUCCCUCUAAUUUUUUAAUUUUACUUUCACUAGCGUACCAGGUUCUGCGUUGUUUUAUAAUUAGUCGCCUGACUGACUCUUGCUUUGGUAAGUUUUAUCACUCCAAGAACUCACAAAAUAACCUGCGUACAAACCUUAUUAAAGAGGGCGUGGAUACACUGCAACACGCAGCGCGGAAAUAUGAAGAAAAAUAUCUAGAAACUAUCUUUCAAAAGAACGGCUAUCCAAUCAACUUCAUCAAAAAUAUCAGAACAAUACAUGAGCAGAAACGAAAUUAAGUGCAUAGAUCAACAAACGGAUCAUUUUUUCAUAUAUCAAAGACAUACCAGAAAUUACAACAAGAUUAAUGAAGCCUUUUGGAAUAAGCGUAGCACCCAAACCAGCAAAAUCACUUCAAUCAAUCCUUUGCAAACCAAACAAAAGAAAAAAGACCGAACAUCAUCUACAAAAUAAAUUGUUCGAACUGCGAAAAACACUACAUCGGACACAGCGGACGUCCUCUUCAUCUUCGCCUUUAUGAACAUGAAUUAACGGUCAAACGCCAUGACAUAUCCUUAUAUCAAUGCAUGUGGACAUGGACGUACGUUCGACUGGAAAAAAUUUGAGAUCUUGGAUAUAUGGAAUUCUAAAAACAUCAGAGAAUUUUUAGAAGCUUCGCUCUCAGGCCAAUCAGCAAUUAACAAAUAUUUUGAAAUCGAUCCAAUUUAUCAACCGAUGAGAAUCAAAUUAAUGGGAGAUACAAUCAAAAUAAAGAAGUAAAUAAUGACUGGUUAAAGAUCAACAAUAACCAAUCAAGAUUGAGGUCUACAGGACAAGCUGUGAGCCAUUUGUUAAGAAAUUCAGACACUUCACUUCUACCUGAAGUUUGUGCUGACGAUGUCGUUCAGAAGAACGAUGAAAGCUCCACAACCAAACCAUCCAACUCAGAAAACAAAACUCUAACAAAGACAUGAUAGUGAUAAUAAUAAUAAUAAUACAAAUAAAUCGAUAGAUUGUUACUGUUCGAAUAACACUGUCGGUUGAAUAAGUUGGUUGAAUGGCUUGACAAAAUUAUUCAUAAACCAACUUAAUUGUAGCAGAGGUGCUGUAAAAUAUCGAGGAUAAAGAAAUCCCAUAUAGAUUAAGCAAAAUAAUAGUGUAUUUUUUUCCAAGUUAACUCUUCGUUGUAAUUGUACACUAAUAUAAUGUAUUGAUAGUAGAAUAAACCAUCAAUCAUAAAAUCAAAUUAUUUGACAGUAUUUAUUAUACAUAUCCAG